AUGGAUUCAAAUGAGUGUGAUGAACAUGCUAGAAUCCGCGAUGAUGAUUCACAUUCCCAGAACGAUGAUGUUAUAGAGAUCGAAAGCUGUGCAGAGGAUGAAGUUGAACUACAACAGGCUGCAGAGCUGCGGCACAGUGAUUUUCGUGAAAGAAGAAAUCCCCUGGGUCAUUUCACGACUCGAGAGCCAAAUGCGCUUCGCUCAUCUACAGAUACGAGGACCCACCACAAUACCCACACCAGCGAUGACGAUGAAAUAGAAGUGGUUGAUGAAAGGAUACUGGAGGACGGUGGGCCGUUGAACCCAUAUUCAGAGUUCGUGGAUCUUGAUAGAGAGGUUCCGAUAAGGGUGGCUCAAAUAAGGCCUCGUCCACCAUCAGCUACAGAGGAAGAUCAGGAUAUCAUUUUUGUAGGACAAAACAAUGCUUCUUCUGCACCAGGGAUAAUGCUACAACUGCCCGGUAAUGAACGGAUUAUGACCUCCGCUUCUCCACUGGAGCAGCCAUGGAGAAGGUCGUUUCAAAAUCACCAACCUCGAUAUUUCAACUCUGGUCGCACUACUUCAAGAUUACUUUCACGUACGGCGCGAAGGGCGCAGCGCCUUUUUGUGCAUGAUAGUGAUAGCCCCGGGAAUCAGUCUCAUACGAGCGGGGGAAAUAUUCAUAAUCAUGAGAGGGCAAAUCGGAUACGGCAACGCUUGAGAAGCUCACCAUCUGCAGCACGUAGUACUUUUCCGAUUAGUCAAUCCGAUCUAGCUGCGCGGAUAUCGGCGCUACCUCCCAACGUCCUUUCGGUGUUUGAAAACGAGAUUCCUGAAGAUGAGGCUCAUGCCCUUUUGAUGGCUGCCGAUGGUAGCGAGGGGCCAGGGGCACACGAGCUUACACAACUAUACCUCUUAUAUCGGAGACAACUACCCUCUCGUAGGAACGAGCGAGGAACGGCGCGCCCAAAUGCACAGACAAGACAUUUCGAGAGGACCAAUGCACACAGAUCAGACUUGCCCCCGCCUUCCGAACGCUUUCCAGAUCCCACUUUGUAUCAGCCUAUCUCGAUGCGAACUAGGAUGCUUCCGAAUUUCGGUCAUUAUCUAGGUCGUGAUAUGGACGAAGCGCGCGAGACGCAGAGUAUUAUCGAAAUGAUCCAAGCGCGCGAAGAAUUAGAAAAUGAUAAUAGGAAACGCAAGUUUAUGGAAUCGUCCAAACUCCAGCAAAAUGAAUUCAUUGCUCGAGCCACAAAGUUGCCGAAAGGAUAUAGCUCCUCCUUUGACACUAAACCAAGUCUCGGCAUCUCUAUUCCUGGCCGGGGAAAAGACGAGAUCAUCAGCGUUGUCGACGAGGAAGAAUCCAAUGACUUUAUGGAGGUUCCCGCAUGCACACUAUGCGGCGUUGAACUUGGUGUUGGUAUACCUGAGGACUAUAAAGGGCUUUCUUCAGAAGACAGAGGUGUGUCGUUCGAAGCACUGGUUGCGAAGUAUCAUUUUUCUUGUCCGUAUCGAACACUUUUGAGCAUAACGGACGCUGACAGAGACUUGUCGCGACGAACUUACGUUGCUAACUGCGGUCAUAUGUUUUGUGGUCGAUGUUUCUAUAGAUUAAGUUCGAUGGUUGGUCAAACCCGGUCAGCUAAGAGGGAUUUCAAAGGUGUAAGUGGGCCCUCACAUCCGGAUAAUUUUGCACCAAAGCGUUGUCCUGCUGAACAUUGCAAUUAUCUCCUACGAGCCAAGUACCGGAUGAGAGAGAUAUUCUUCUGA